UUUCAACAAUAUUUAGUAGAUGCUUGGUCAGUCUGUGACCACAAUAUAUCAGGGUGGAUUCGCAACCAUCAGUCUCAAUUAACUGCAGAUAUCUAUAAGAGACUUACUGCUAGUCUCAUUGCUCAAGACUUUAAUGCUCAGCAGGUAGGACGGCGUAUAAUCCUACCAAGUAGAUAUACUGCCGGUGAUAGAUACAUGCAACAAUUGUAUGAAGAUUCAAUGGCUAUUGUGAGACGCUUUGGACGUCCAACACUCUUUAUCACAUUUACAGCCAAUCCAAAGUGGAAAGAAAUUACAGAUGCACUACUUCUAGGACAAUCUGCAGUAGAUCGACCAGACUUAGUUGCACGAGUCUUUCAUAUAAAACAACAUCAAUUACUAUAUUAGUUAAUACAUCUAAAUAUUUUGGGUUAGUUUUUAGGUUAUGUAUGGACAAUUGAGUAUCAAAAACGUGGUUUACCAGACAUGCAUCUUUGAUUAUUUCUAUAUAAAGAUGAUCAAUUUCUUACACCUGUCAAGAUUAAUGAAAUUGUUUAUGCAGAAAUACCAGAUGCUACUCAAGACCAAGAUGGUGAGAUUGCAGCAAUUGUGAACUCCUCCAUGGUACAUGGACCCUGUGGAUCUCAUUUUCCUAGCUCACCUUGCAUGCAGCCAAAUAGUAGUGGUAUACUCAUAUGCAGUAAGAAUUAUCCUAAGAAAUUUCAGCCUACAACAGCUGUUCAGGAGGAUGGAUACCCUGUUUACCGAAGAAGAAAUGAUGGUAGAUCAAUUGAAAUUUCCACACGACAAGAUACCAGGAAUAAUGAAACUAUUACUAUCAACAAUUGAUGGAUUGUACCAUAUAAUCCCUAUCUCUCCUAGCGCUAUAAAGUACAUAUUAAUGUAGCGGUUUGUGCUUCAAUUCAGGCAAUCAAAUAUAUUCACAAGUAUAUUUAUAAAGGAUCAGAUUGGAGUACUAUUGAGUUGAGAAACAAUGAGGAUAAGGUACAACAGUAUUUACAAGGAAGAUAUAUUGGCCCAACAGAGGCAGUAUAGCGCAUCUUUGAAUUUGGCAUGCAUGAAGCGUACCCAGCAGUUAUGCACCUGGUAAUUCAUCUUCCUGAAGAGCAGCCUGUUUACUUCCAAGAUGGUAUCACAGAAGAAGAGCUACUGAAUCAAAUGGAAUCUGCAUGCUCAACACUUAUGGCAUUUUUGCAAUACAAUACCUUGCAUUCUGAUGGCCACAAAUACCUUUACCAGGGUUUUCCAACAUAUUAUACCUAUAAUAGAUCAAUGCGAGUAUAGUCACCAAGGAAAUCAGGAGUUUCAAUUGGACGAAUAUACCACUGUACUCCAAUUAUGGGAGAAAAGUACUAUUUUCGGCUUUUGUUAACAAUUAUUCCAGGCGCUCAGUCAUAUGAGCAUUUACAUACAGUACAACGUGUUAUACAUUCUACAUUUAAACAUGCAUGUAUUGCAUCUGGCCUGCUUGAGGAUGAUGAGGAAUGGAUACAGUGCGUCAAUGAAGCGAUUCAUUUUGCAAGUGGCAGAUCUUUAAGAACUCUGUUUACAAUAGGUUUGCUUUUUGGUUCUAUUACAGAUCCUCAAAAGCUUUGGGAGCAGUUUCGUUCUAGCAUUUGUGAUGAUCUAAUCUAUACAUUAGAGCAUACUUCCAUUCUAAUUACUCCUUAACAUCUACCUUCUCUGCAUCUUGAUUAUGGCCUUUACCUUAUCUCUCAAAUCCUUGCAGAGUAAGGAAUGCAAUUACAUGACCUUGGACUGACCAGCUAUGAACAUAAUUGGGAUAUAACUGCAGGUAAUGAGUUAAUAGCAAGAGAACUGAACUAUGAUCCAAUACAGGAGAUUUCGCAACAUGAUUAUACCCUUGCACAGCUUAAUGAAGGUCAACAUAAUACCUAUACAUCAAUUUUAUAUUCCAUUGCACCUGGAUUAACCUCAAGUUACUUUUUACCUGGUCCUGCUGGUACAGGUAAAACCUUUUUGUAUAAGGUUUUAUGCAACUAGUUUCGUUCCCAGAGGAAGAUAGUUCUCUAUGUAGCUUCCUCAGGUAUAGCAUCAUUACUAUUACAUGGGGGAAGAAGAUCGCACUCAAGGUUUAAAAUACCUGUUAUAAUAAAUGAAUCCUCUACAUGUGCUAUUUCUCAGAGUUCCUUACUUGCUACAUUAAUGACAGAAACAUCCUUGAUCAUUUGGGAUGAGGUUCCAAUGGAAUACAAAUACUGCUUCGAAGGUGUUAGUUGUACACUGAAUGACAUAUGUGGUGUAGGGAAAAAUUGUCUAUUUGGUAAUAUCCCAAUUGUUUUAGGAGGAGACUUUGCACAAAUUCUUCCUGUGGUUCGAAAGGGUAAUCAAGGUACUACUAUAGCGGCCUGCUUGAAAAGCUCAUUUAUUUGGCCUAAGUUAACAAUCCUUUUAUUGCAUCAAAAUAUGUGGGUCAGAAACAGAAAUGAUGAUCGAGAUUUUGCAACUUGGUUAUCUCAUAUGUCCUACUCACCUGAGUGUCAAGGUACUAUCUCUCUUCUGGAGUUGAUUCUACUAUGCCCAACUUGCCUGAGUGUUAAGGUACUAUCUCUCUUCAUGUGUUCAUUCCACUAUGUAAUAUAUUAGAUAAACUGUGCAUACAUGUUUUACCAUGAGAGCUGUUACAGACAGCUCAUCACAACUCUGCUACCUUUACACGACGUGCAAUUUUAGCAAUGCGGAAUGACACAGUAUCUUCAGUCAAUGAGAAAGUACUUCAAGAGAUUCCUGGACCGGAGCAUAAGUACUUUUCAAUUGACCAUGCAGAGAGUAUUGGUGGUGAUGAAGGUGGAAAUAUAUUACCAGUUGAAUACCUUCAAAGCCUUAACCUUGCCUCACUUUCCCCAUUAAAACUUAAACUUAAAGUUGGUGUACCAGGUAUUUUGCUACGCAAUCUUUAUCCUAAAUAGAGCCUCUACAAUAGAACACGAAUGACUAUUACUAGAUUAGAAAGAUGGUGUAUUGAGGUAUGAAUACUAGGAGGUGAUUUUGAUGGAGCAGUUAAGGUUAUUUCUCGUAUUACUCUUUCAACAACUGCAGGUGAAAUGCCUUUUACACUUACUGGUAAUCAAUUUCCAAUUCGUUUAUCAUUUGCCAUGACAGUAAACAAGGCUCAAGGACAAUCACUGGAUGUUGUUGGAAUUGAUCUGCAUGAGCCAGUCUUUACACAUGGGCAACUUUAUGUUACACUUUCUCGAGUUACUACUCUUCAAGCGGCAAAAUCUUCACAGCUUACCGAUCAUGGACGUUCUACUCAGAAUAUUGUGUAUCCCGAAGUUUUAUUACAAAAU